AUGACGACCGUCUUCAAAAACGCUCGCGUAUACUCGCCGGAGUCAGGGCUGGGGGACGCCGCUUUUGGCUCUUGCAUGGUGAUUGAAAAGAAUCAAAUCGUGCACGUUGGAUCGCUCGAGGAUGCCACCAUACCCAGCGAUGCCAGAAUUAUCGACCUCCAUGAUCGGAUUAUCAUGCCCGGCUUCAUCGACGCCCAUGUUCAUAUUCUCCAGUACGGGCUCUCGCUGCGCAAAGUCGACUUGACCGGCUGUACCACUCUGAUUCAAAUCCGAAAUGCCAUCAAGUCCUACGCUGAUUCGCAUCUCUCCGUCCCUCGCAUCCUAUGCCGCGGUUGGAAUCAGUCAUGUUUCGAUGAAGAACCGCUGGCAAGUAUGAUAGACGACCUUGAACCCCGUCCCAUCUACAUUGAAGCGGCGGAUCUCCACUCGAUCUGGUGCAACUCGGCGGCUCUCGACGAGAUGUGCGCGCAUACCGCACCAGAUCCUCCAGGUGGUGCAAUCCACCGUGACGAGACUGGCCGAGCAAUAGGCCUACUGAGUGAAGGGGCCGUGAUGAACUUUGCCUGGCCAUUUCUUGACAAAGUCACGCCAAAAGCGGAGAAACUUGAUGCUCUGGAAGCAGCUAUCAAAUCAUACUCUGCUACAGGAUAUACAGGCACAAUAGACAUGGCCAUGUGUGAGGAUCACUGGGAAAUCCUGAACCUCUACCGUGCCCAUAAAAAAAUCCCAUUCCACAUCGCUGCCCACUGGCUCGUCCCCUUCUCAGAUGACCAGCAAGUCAAUUUCAGCUACGUCGACCGCGCCCUUGAAAUCCGCCGUCAAUACAAUGAUCCUACUUUUACCAUCGCAGGAAUCAAGUUGAUGUGCGACGGUGUCGUCGAUGGAUGCACCGCCGCCCUCAGGCACCCCUAUGGCGGCAACCCAGAUCCAGUACAGCCAAUCUGGCCAGAGGACCUUAUGUCCGCCGUCAUUCAACGCGCAGACGACGCAGGCCUCCAAGUUGCCAUUCAUGCCAUAGGCGAUCAAGCCGUCCACCAAUCCAUAAAUAUUCUCUCAUCCCUCGUCAAUACCCAGUCCCAAAGUUUGCAAGAACCUCAACGCGACCGGAGACACAGGAUCGAACAUUUGGAACUAACAUCCCCCGCCGACGCUGCCCGUCUUGGCCAAUUUGGCAUAACAGCCUCUAUCCAACCCGUCCACUCCGACCCAGCCCACUUCACCGCCUGGCCUUCGUUGAUAGGCUCACACCGCUGCAAACGAGCCUUCGCAUACAAGGACUUUCUCGCCGGCGGUGCUGUUAUCGCUUUGGGAACAGACGCGCCCACAGCGCCACACUUUCCCUUUCAAAACCUCUACCAUGCAACAACUAGACGCUCUGCUAUUGAGCGGGAAAGCCUGCAGCGCCUGAACCCGGAAUUUAGUUUGACGCUGUUACAGGCUGUUGCAGGUGCGACAAAUGGGGCGGCAUAUUCGCGGUUUGCGGAAGGGUGGACAGGGAGAUUAGAAGUGGGAUUGAACGCGGAUUUUGUUGUUGUUGACAUGUUCUGGAAAGAAGAGAAGUUGCUUGAGGCAAGGGUUUGUCAGACGUGGUAUAGGGGAGAGAAGGUUUUUGAUUGUGAUGCCUAA